CUCCUUUCGGUCCUCUGCCAGCUCGUAUAUAUAACACGAUGAGCCAUCACAGCCCGUAGAUCGAUCAGCAUUGUCCCCAUUUACUACAGUUCGUAUGGCCCAGCACUGAAUAUCUUGCUGAUUGUCAAACAGAUUGAUUCGACUGCUAAGACGCAAGCCUCGAUAUCAUGCUUACAUGCAGUGUCCGUGACAAAACGACCGAGGUCGAAAUGCUCAGGGGUUGGCAAGGCAAGCGGUCGUUGCGUCAUGCCCCUGCAUGAUCCUGGUCCGACUCUUCGCCCUUGUCCUAUUUAGGCAUCUCUGAAUUGGCGAGGCUGAACUGGGCGUCUAGUUCUACUUACGAUCUCGUCCUCAUUCCUUUAGAAGCCUCGAACCCUUCAACCUCGUUGCACGCCGCUAAGAGAUUGUGUCUCACCUCGUACAUCCAAGAGGUUUCAUUUAACGACAUCUAACUCGACUACCUUCUUCAAACCCUCCAUACUGCAGCGAAUUACAUAGGCAUCAUGUCACAGCCGUACCUACCAAAACAGCCUGACCUCAAAAUCAUAAAUUACAAGCCAGGUCCUAAGACACAAAGGCUAUCAAAAAGUGAACUCAUAGAGAUCGAGCCUCUUGUCCUCAAUCUCCACGGACAGGGUCAGAGCCGUGAGGCCAUGCGUGCACAAUGCAGCACCAUGGUUCAGAAACCAAUUACGCUCCCGCAACUCGACACGAUCAGACAAAGACUUGGCCUCGCUGUUUACGAUGAAUCAAAAGCUUUCAGCAGCAGCAGGAUAGAAACUGAUGAGUCAGAAAUGGUGCCUGGCUUCGAACAUGACCCUCAAGGUGCAGAGGCUUCGCGUGGCGAUUUCAGAACACGUGAACGUCAAAAAGAUUCCAUCAUGAGCAUAGAAGAGGAUAUCACCUCUCUUAAACGACAAAGUUUCAGCCAUGACUCUUUUCGGACUCAACAUGAAAUCGUGCCCAAUGAAGAUACUCCGAUGGCUAAUGCCGAGCAACCCCCCGGAUGUGAGGAAACUCCGGAUCCUGCUUUAGCUAUCAGCAGUACUAGUCCUGUGUUCGCCCAAGAUCCUGCUGAGGCCAAACGGCGUGCUUCGAACGCUGAAAUUUGUGAUCUUGUUGAAACAUUUGCAAGAUGGGAUCCUGACUACAAAGAAUGGCUUUAAAAUGCGAUUGUCCAUGGGGGCACACCUGCUUUGUCGCUUGUGUCAUUGAAAGGCAUCGGUCUGACGUACAAACCAUCAAAACCAUGCUGGAAACUCUACCGGGACACUCUACAGCAGAGCAAGGAUGACGAAGAUGCCAUGAUUCGUCUUAAUCAUGCCGCCAUCUUACUUCACACUAUGAAAGCUCCCGAAGCUGCAUUUGAUAUCUUUUUCAGUAUCUACAAGCAUUUUAGCAUAGUGCCAGGCCAAAAGUCCUCUGUUGUUAUCCAUAAGAUACUCAGCACUGUCGGCUGCGCACGUUCAGCACGAAAUGUAACCCAUUUCGAAGUAUCAAUGGCAAUGCUUGACGAGAUUUGUGAGGAGCUCCUCGCAACCCACCAUGUUAAAUACCUCGAAAAAACCAGUAUCUGGAAACUUUUGGACACUCUGAGAGCGCAUUCAGAAAAGCCAUUGGAGCUCGAGGCUUAACAGAGCAAAGGUUUUAUGGCACUUUAUACACUGCUGCCAGUAUAUUCCUGCGGAUUCAAGAACAUAACUUUUGAAAUCUUCGAGCUUUGGUCGCGGAAUACUGAAGGAGGGCGUGAUGUCAGCCCUAUGCAACGCCUGCAAUGCGACAGUAUGAAUAUACAUAUGGUCGGUGCCCUUGAACCUACAAGACUGUAUGUGAAGAGGAGACCGGAUCUCGCCGAUUAUUUAUUGCGAGAUCAAUGGGACCGCCCAGGCCAUUCUGCUGCUCAGAUUCUGUCCUUCUUGUUGCUUGAAGACAGGGUUUUCCAAACAGCCUUUCAGCACAAGUCAGAUAAAGACAGAUCUUCAUUCAAUUGGGUUGAAUUUCCAUAUGUCCUCGAGGAACAAGCCAUAGCCUUUGUGCCAUUCCUUCUGAUGGAGAGGAUAAUUCAUGACGAGUUGUCUGGUGGCGAUGGAACCAGAACAAGAUCUUCCCAACGACCAAACCCUUCUUCAACUCUUCUGAGGACAAUCGACAAGGUCACGGAGUCCAUAAAAAGCACCCUUGGAUACGCAGCAGUGAUUGGUUAAUAUAUUUCGCAUAUAUCUCAAACGGAGAUGACUCCCUCGAAGUCCUCGCAGGCAAUACCGGAGGAUCAACUGAUGGAGACCGCCGGGAUAGCGAUGAACGCUAUAUCUCCAGCUGAUCUGUGGUUGAGAACCAAAGACCAGUCUCAAUCAGAGUUGCCUGGGACUGCCAUGAAAGCCGACACGGCAUCGAUUUGUGGUACAAUUGCACAGUCUUACACUUCAUCCAAUAGCUCCAACUUUCGCUCCUUCAAAUCGAUUGGCAAUCGGGCUAGACGACUUGCUGCGUCAAUAGGCAUACAUUCCUGAUGCUCAACUAGCUUGAUCAACAUGUGGAGGACGAUCAUCGGAGAUUUGACACAUCCAUGGAGGAUAGUUUUCUAUAUUGUUGGCGUUAUAAAUAUUCAAGUGAGAGUUUGACAGGCCUGACAGUGACAAGAAAACUUCAUGGAAACGGCCUGGUUGUCCUCGAAAUGUAUGAUGGUUCUACCAAAUGUGCUUCUCUUCUUCAAGGAGAUAGCUUUCCAGCCGACUAGAGAUUGAUUCUUCCUUGGUCAACGACUUCUUGAGCAUUGGCUUGUCACAUCUCCGACGCUCUCAUUGCUCGCGACCCUCUUUUGAGCAAGGUCUGCUUGUUCAAGAACCUUUGCUGCACCGUGCCAUGGCUCUUUGGCAAGGUCUGGACGAGGCACCAUGACAUGUUUCUUCUCCUGAACCCCAUUCUGUUGCGGGGAGCCAACCUUCGCCGGUGUCACUGCUCGAGAUAUAUUGUCAAGUUCAUCCCUCAAAGGAUCUUGGUCGUUAUUGGAGGGGUAGUCAGCGUGAGAGGGUCGUUGAGGGAUGUCAAGCCCUGAAAAAUCAUGCUUGUCAGUGGUGCAGGCGUUCGAAGUCGGAGUCGACAUGAUGGCUAAGGCGAAUGUUCUCCGGUUAGCGGCGUACCAGCAUCUCUCCGGGGGAAAUCCG